AUGUCUAACAAAACCGCGUCCGUCACCACUUCUACCCGGAAGUUUACAGAAGGACCCCAAAGCAGCGCACUUGCAUGCCGGUGCAAUAAGGCCGCGGCGUCUCUUCCCGACCAACAUCCUACCUCGUACGAAUUCUCCGCCUUUCUGCCCAACCUACUCGACACAAAAGAAACCCUGGAAGAAAUAGCAUACGCUCUUGAUACCUUGAAAGCAGACAACAUUAUCCUCUUUGCCCGCUACGGAGAUGACAACCACUAUCUAACGCAUGAAUACUUUCGUCCCAUCUGGCAAGAGCCGAAUCGCCACAAAGCCGUAGUUUUCAUCCACCCUACCAACCCACCCCGUCGACACCCACCUCAUAAUUGGCCACAGUGUUGUCCGCACGAGACCGGCCGUACAGCAAUCGACAUGCUCCUCUCCGACAUACUCUCCCUAGCCCAGGAUUGCGAAAUCAUCCUCUCGCAUGCUGGCGGCACACUCCCAUAUCUCAACGACCGCGUCGCAGGAAUGCUACCUCAUACGCCUUUUGUUGUCAACAAAAUUACGAGCGAGAUCAUUGAAUUGGCUAAAUUGUUUUACUUUGAUACAGUGCUGUCUUCGAAUUCGGGAGUGCUGGAUUUGUUGCUCAAGUUUGCGAAGAAGGGACAUGUGCUGUUUGGUAGUGAUUUUCCAAAUUCGCCGAACGAGGCGAUUAAAUAUUAUACUGAGCAGUUGGAGGGGCAUAGUAGUGAGCAGGUUGGGAAGAAAAUUACGUACGAGAAUGCGUUCGCGUUGUUUCCGAGGUUGAGGAAAUAGGGGGUGGC